AAAGGGUUCACUCCCCCAUUAGUAGGAUGACUGCUUCAUAACACUCAGGAUUUCAGAUGCUACUGCUGGUUGACCUGGGAUAAUAGCAGCACAGGGCUCACACUGGAAUCAUACAGCUGACAGCAUGUUCAAAAGUGGGCUGAAGAUCAUGGGGCUCACCCCUGAUCUGUUCCCGGAAACACCCCUGGUGCCGUCCCUUCCCGCAAUAUCGUCGGCACGAGCCAGCUCCGUCCCUCACAAGCCCCGCAGGCGCAGUAGCAGCGGAAGUGACAGGGCUGCCAGGCCCCGGCCGUUGCGCUCAGCCUCCAGGCCAGGCCCCAGCAGAGGCAGCAUGGAGGUGGGCAUGCGCGUGGUGCGUGGCCUGGACUGGAAAUGGGGAAACCAGGAUGAUGGCGAGGGCCACGUGGGCACAGUGGUGGAGAUUGGGCGUCAAGGCAGCACUACUACGCCAGACAAGACAGUGGUGGUUCAGUGGGACAGCGGCACACGAACCAACUACCGCACUGGCUACCAGGGUUCCUAUGACCUGCUGCUUUAUGAUAACGCUCAAAUCGGCGUGCGUCACUCCAACAUCAUCUGUGACAGCUGCAAGAAGCAUGGCAUCAUGGGAAUGCGGUGGAAAUGCAAGGUGUGCUUCGACUAUGACCUGUGCACCCAGUGUUACAUGAACAACAAGCACGACCUGAGCCACGCUUUCGAGCGUUACGAGACGGCGCAUUCCCAGCCAGUGAGCUUGGCACCGAGGCAGAACCUCCCACGGAUCAUCCUCAAAGGAAUCUUCCAAGGGGUUAAAGUGGUUCGUGGACCUGACUGGGAUUGGGGCAACCAAGACGGCGGGGAGGGUAAGGUUGGGAAGGUAGUGGACAUUCGCGGCUGGGAUACAGAGUCUGGUCGCAGUGUGGCCAGCGUCACCUGGUCUAAUGGCACCACCAAUGUGUACCGAAUGGGCCACAAGGGCAAGGUAGACCUCAAAUAUGUGUCUGACGGCCAAGGAGGCUUCUACUACAAAGACCAUCUACCAAAGCUAGGAGAGCAUGCAGAGCUGCAGCGCCAGGAGAGUGCUGAUGGCCACUCCUUCCAGCAGGGCGACAAGGUCAAAUGUCUCUUGGAGGUGGACAUCCUGCGACAGAUGCAGGAGGGCCAUGGAGGGUGGAACCCCAAAAUGGCUGAGUACAUUUGCCGGAUUGGGACUGUUCAUAGAAUCACUGACCGAGGAGAUGUCAGAGUCCAGUACAGCAACAACAUCCGCUGGACUUUCCAUCCUGGGGCUCUCACCAAGGUGAACACAUUUGGAGUUGGCGAGCUAGUAAGAGUAUUGGAGGACAUCGAGAGUGUGAAGAGACUGCAGGCUGGCCAUGGAGAGUGGACAGACAGCAUGGCUCCUGUGCUUGGCCAGGCCGGGAAGGUGUUGAAAGUAUAUGCGGAUGGUGACCUACGGGUGGCAUUUGGAGGACAGACGUGGACAUUCAACCCAGCAUGCCUCUCUGCUCAGACCGUGGAGGUGGAUGCCAACCUCAUGACAGCCGAGAACCCCAACGAAUCUGGAAGUACUGUCAUCUCAGUGUUGGAGAAGCUGCUGUCUCAGUCCACAGAGCAGGACAAUCCCAGCCGGCUGGUCAUUGAGGCAGCACACGGCAGUGCCAACAAAGUGCGAGAGUUGGUGCAGAAGUACCCUGACAAGGUGGAUAUAAAGAACCAGGGCAAGACUGCAUUGCAGGUCGCCGCUCACCAAGGCCACAUGGAGGUGGUGAAGGCCUUGCUGCAGGCCAACAGCUCCAUCGAGGUCAAGGAUGAAGACGGAGACACAGCAUUGCACUACACUGCCUUCGGUAACCAGGCAGAGAUCACACGGCUGCUGUUGAGCAAGGGGGCAAAUGUCAACCUCCUGAACAACUCCAUGUGCACGGCGCUUCACAUUGCUGUCAACAAGGGCUUCACCGACGUGGUGCGAGUGCUGACAGAACAUUCAGCUGACGUCAAUCUCCAGGAUUCAUACGGGGACACACCGCUCCAUGACGCCAUUGCUAAAGAUUUCCGCAAUAUCAUCGAGAUCCUGGUCUUGGUGCCCAACAUUGACUUCACACAGCAGAACCACAGAGGCUUCAACCUGCUGCACCACGCUGCCCUCAAAGGAAACAAACUGGCCACAGAGAAGAUCCUGGCCAGAGCGCGGCAGCUGGUGGACGUUAAGAAGGAGGACGGCUUCUCUGCGCUGCAUCUGGCCUCCCUCAAUAACCACCGGGAUGUAGCUGAGAUCCUCAUCAAGGAGGGACGCUGCGACAUCAACAUCCGCAACAACCGGAACCAGACGCCGCUGCAGCUGGCAGUGACGCAGGGCCACACUGACUUGGUGCAGCUGCUGGUGUCCGAGGGUGCUGACGUCAACAUGGAGGAUGAGGACGGCGAUACGGCCAUGCACGUUGCCCUCCUCCGCCCACAGCUGGCCAAUGUUAUGCUCAGCCCCGCCGUGGGAACCAGCAGCAGUGAAGAGAGCAGCGAGGGGUGCUCUUCCACAUCGCUCUACUGCAGGCUGAGCGCUUCAGGUCUUCUGGGGAAUACCGAGCUGAGUGUUGGUGCAGCUAUCGCUUGUUUUCUAGCGCAGGAAGGGGCUGACAUCAACUACGCCAACCACAAGGGAAAGAGUCCCCUGGACCUGGUGGCAGACAGCACCAUGAUGCAGCUCAUCAAGGGCUUCUCUGAGAAACACAGGUUGCAACGUCUGCAGGCCAUCACAUGUGGACAGGGCCUGAGCAGCGCCAGCCUGAGGCGGGUCCACACUACGCCCAACACCAUGACCAACCUGGUUCUUCCCACACCGCCGGGUCCCAGUGAAUGCCUCAUCUGCUCCGAGCUGGCUCUGCUGGUUCUCUUCUGCCCAUGCCAGCACAGCGUGGCCUGUGAAGAGUGUGCCCAUCGAAUGAAGAAAUGCAUCAAAUGCCAAGUCACAAUCACCAAGAAAAUUAGACAAGACCAAACAGAGGUAGACUGCAGCCCCGGCACUGAGAACUCGGAGCAGCACAAUCUGCUGGAGCAGCUGCAGUCUCGCUACCGCCAGAUGGAGGAACGAAUCACUUGUCCCAUCUGCAUUGACAACCACAUCAAGCUGGUCUUCCAGUGCGGACACGCCUCCUGCAUCGACUGCAGCGCCGCGCUCAAGACCUGUCCGAUCUGCCGGCAGACCAUCCGCGAGCGCAUCCAGCUGUUCGUCUGAGUUUCUCUGUCCUCUCAGCUCUUAACGACCCAAAGAGGAUGUGGGAGGGGGCUGGGGAGAAGCGGGGGUGGGAGGGGGCAGCUGUUACCUUUUGAAGAUCCAGUGACGUUUAUCUGCCUGUCGCACCCUCCUGCUCAUCCCUCUCCCCCCCUCAUCGAAUGCUCACUCAGCUCAUAGGUUGCUUUACAAGAAAACGCUGUGUUACAUCGCUGAGAGUCCACCGUUUGUUACAUUAUGAGUAGUUUCCUUCUUGAGCAGCGCAGGCGGAAACAUGCCCAUUUCUUAAUUUUCAGCAACAGAACUGAUGUUCCGCCGAGCCCAGCGGGACGCAAAUGAAGCGAAGUUGUGGCGGGAGGAAAAAGGUCCCCCACCUCCUCUUUUCCUUACUCCCACCCAGCCUCCACCUCCUGUAAUCUGUCCUAUCUUUGCUGCUUUAAGUGGAUGUCUGUUACCCAUCAUCCUCUCUGGCUCUCUGGCCCCCUCUGUUUACAAGGCUGCGCAGAAUCAGUCCCCGUCUUCUCGCCCCUCAGCUUGUCCUGUGAAUUAUGUUUGCUCUCAUUUGUACCAAUCUCUUAAUAAUCAGUGUUAGUCUCUGCAGAGGGAGUUGGUAUAACUAAAGGCUCUCUAUAUAGUCCCCAGCCACUCGCCUGUAUGCAAGGGGAAAUACACACUAUAUAUGCAUGAAUAUAUGCAUAUUGUAAAGCUGAAAAUGACUGUGUUGUCAUGGGUGAUUUGUCGUCGUUGUUGUUUUUAUUUCUCUCUGGUUACAUUUGUGGUUUUUAAUGUACCGAUCAGUACAGGUUUUUAUUUAUGUGUGAAAGGUGGUAUUACUUAGUAAUGUCCUUAUUUUAGUUGGUGUUUGCUUGGCAAAAAUGUUUUUAUUUCUACUGAACUUCACCCCAAGCCUAUGUCCUCUACUCAGGGUAUCAAAUCAUUGAAAGCACUUGUGAUAUCCAUAACAGGUUAAAGAGCCCCCCCCCCACACAUACCCACCAUUACAGAGCUACAGUGUAGGGGAUCAUUUUAGUGGAGAGUCACUGAAAGAAAAGGUCAUAAAGUUGUGCAUAGUGACUCAAAAUCACUAUAAACUUUAAAAGUUUGGUUCUCAUUAGUGAAAUGAAUGUUUGCAGGAGAGUUCCUGCAACAAAACAUCCAAAAAACACCCCCUAAAAGUCAUCCAAGUAUCCCAGAAGCAGCAGUCAGCUUUACAGCAUUGUGUUAGUCUGCCUGUUUGUGUCUGAAGGCCGCAGUCCAUCUGUCGUCUGGCGUAGAGAACCCCAAAAAGCAGCGGAUGUUCGUGUUUCGUUAAUUAUCCACCAGACGUGUUGUGAGAUAUAGAAUCAGAAGGGCAAAAACGUGACAUUGUUGUGUUGCACCUCUAGUUCCACGUCUACCUUCCCACUGGAGUCAUUUCAGAAGAAACCCCCCCCCCUCCUCUGGAGUUCUGGAUUGUACAUCAUCUUCAUCCUUUCUAAUGUUUUGGUGUGUUUUCUUGAAGGGCUUAUGCAUAUGAGAAAAAAAAAAAGUAUCUAUUUUAAUCGUUAUUUAAUUUUUAUUUUCUAUAACAAACUUCCAGAGACAGGAGGGUUUUUUGUCUUCAUUAGAUCCCAAAUUUUGGGAGAGCCAAUGUUAAAGAUGUACAUUUGAAUGUCGGGGAAGAAAAAUGUAUCCUGUCUCACUCUGCCUUUUUUUAUGUGUAAAGAAAAAAAAGAUGUAAGAGACGGAGCUGGAGAGACCGAGACGUAUUUACCACAAGUUUUACUUUGAGGAAAGAACUUUUACAUCUGUGCCAAAUCGCAUGAGGAUGUGCAUGGGCAUGCACGCCCGAAUUUAUCUAGAUGCACUAUGCUAAACCCCUCCGAGCUCAAGCGAGGGUUCAAUUAUUCCAGCAGUGUGAAGUAAACUAAAAAGCAGACGUUAGUAUUUAAUUUUGUUCAAAAUAAGAAGUGUUAUCUCAGCACACUCAGUUACUGGUGUUAGAAGUUGAGCUAAUGGUGUUAGCCUCCUAACUUUAGCUGUAGUGCUCUCAACCUCAUGUUCUCAAUGACAAGUGACGCUACACCCAUGUUCAAAAUAUUAUCAGUCCCAUAUUGUUUGGAGCUUUUUACAAGUAUAUAUAUUUAUAUUUUGUGAGACAUUAUCAAUCAAGGGACAAGUUUCGUACAGAAAUUUCGACAUUUUAAGGAUUGUCCAUCGGUGUUUUAAGUUAAUGGUUUUACAGGCAAAGGCAAUAAUGUUUUAGAAAAACAAGGAAGAUGUCUGAGUUCUUUCUUUUUCUCCCCCUUAAGGAGGUCGUCUGUGAGGGCGGGAAACAAUUUCUGUAUAAAAACACUAUCAAAGCAGCAAAUGUUACUAUUGGUGUUUGUACAGUUCAGCUCUUGGAGUUCUGAUGUUGGCCUUACUGUCCAUUCCUCCUCUGUUGAUGUUUUUUCAGUUGUAUUCUGUACAAAAAUAUUUUGCAAUAAAUAUGGAACUGUUUUCUAAGGACUUGA